AAGUAAUUCACAAUACAGACAAAUAGUAGUCUCUCCGACCCAACCUGUUAUUAUGAAGCGUUUCCCUUUUGCACUUCUUCCGAAAGCAUCAGUUACAGUUUGUACACACACCUCCCCAGCCAAAGCAUCCACAUUAAAUAACUCCAUGUGUAAUGUAACUUUCACUUCACCGAUGACAAAAGUUACAAGCUCACCAUUAGCUCCCAAGAUAUUAAUUUCACCAACUUCAUCAAAUGUUCCGGUCAAAUCAGUCAGUGAUCUGUUGAUAAAAGAUAUAUCAGAAUCAAAGUAUGAAGCCAAAGCCCCUGGCGAUACUUGCUUUCAGGCUGCCUUUUCCAAACUGAUCAGCAGUCCCAACCCAUUGGAAAAAUAUGUUCCACCACUAAUGCCUUCUCAUUUACUACCUGGUUUAAUUGAUCUUGCAAAUUUUCGCUGUUUUGAAUGUGGAGACACAUUUUUAUUUAACUCAAGUCUUCAACAUCAUUAUUCAAGAAGAAGUAUUACUGUCAAAGUUAGUACAAGUAGCAUAAAUUUGUUUUUGAAGUAAGGGGCCAUGUAAGUC